AUGAAGUCUGUGAUGCAGAAGUUUGUGGAGGAGCGUUUUGGCCCUCCUCCCCCCGCAGAGACUUGGUGGGACUCGCGCCCCGCCAUGGAAGGACGACGCCGUGCUUACAGCUGCAUGGAUCCCAUGCAGACUGUUUGGGAUUUCGAGUUCCGGUCGCUUGGCCCUCCCAGCCCUGCAAACACAGUAUAUUCAGAACCCAUUAUUUUGGGAGAAAACAACCAACGAGUGGCAUGGGACGACACUGAGACAUCCGAGGACCAGGAGGAGGAGUACUGGGAAGCCGAGGAUGAAGAAGUUCAGGCCGAAGAUUACCACGACCUGGAGGAGCCCGCGGAUCUGGCGCAGCUCCCCCACAACAUGUGGCUCAGCGAGCCGGAGAAGAUCCGCGUCAAUUUCAAGCGGGCGAAGGCCGCCGCUGCCAAGCUGGGCCUCGACCGGUCUCCCUACUUCCCGAGGACGGCGGGCGAGUAUGCCGGGCUGAAGGCAGACAUGCUCGAAGCCAAGGCCGCCCGGCUGCGGUUCCGGAUCCAGGAGCUGGAGAGGAAGAAGGACAUACGGCAAAAUGCCCAAUGGGAGACCAUCUGGGUGCUUGGGCCCGCUGGUCAGAUUCAAGAGAAGCGAGUCCUGAUCUAUUCUGGCUUGCUGGACCUGUCUUUGCCAACCGCUGAGCUGGACACGACUGGCAUCAACACAAGCCGAUGUGACAGCCAUUUCGAUCCGAAUGCAGUUGGCAUCAACAAAUCUGAAAUCUGGGUUCAGGACUCGCACAUCCCGGGCCAGCUCCCGACCAUCUACGAGGGCAAUGUGUGGACCCCACCGCUCUAUUUCCCUGGCCCAGCCACUCACAUCGCUGUCGGCGUCGAUCCAGCCGGUAUUGCGCUCUUCGACACCAACCACUUCUCGGAAUACACAGGCUAUACCCUGUAUUACGUUCCCGAGCCAGCCCUCAGCAGCUUGCAGAAUGAGAAUUGGGGGAAUAUCUACGACAACUUGUCCGACAGCUACUUCACGCCGAGUCUCCAUCCAGUCUGGCUCCAGGACGAACUCAGCGGAAGUGCCGCGGACCACGGCGUUGACCUACACGGCUGGCAAGAGUUGGAGACGAACGGUGUCGACAACGACGAGGAUAGCGACUCUGAUGCGAGCAGCACGUCCAGCUUCACCCCGAGCGACUAUCGUUUUGCGCCCUUCAGGCCGCUCUAUCGCCAGCCCAACGGAGAUAUCACCACGGCUCGCCACCCGAACAAGGGCAAGGGCAAGGACAAGCGCAAGAGCAAGCUUACCGCCUCCUCCAGCGCCCCUACCGAAACCGAGAUUCCCUUCCCGCCGGCGCUGACCCCGCUUGAAGAGACCCUCCUCGCCCGGACCACAUACCGCGACGGCCUCUCGCCCGUGCUGGCCCGGCCCAACCCCUUUAACGCGACCGGCACCGCGCAGCCCGAGUGCGACUGGCCCACAUACGCGGAAUACACCGCCGACGGCGACGGCCGCAUCAGGCGGCGCGCAAGCGACGCGCUGCUCGCCAGCACGCUCCUUCAGGACGACCCCGCAGCCACCACCACCACCACCAACAACCUCGUCGCCCUUCCGGAUCCCGCUCCAGCCAUAGCCCCACCGACCAGGCGAGGUGCAGCGCUCCCCCUACCCCCGGCCAAGAUCACGCGGCGGUUCCUCCCGAUCCCGCGCCUGCGCGACGUCGUCGAUCCGCGCCUGCCCCGCGACACCGCCACCACCACCACCACCAUCCCGGGCGUCGGCGGGCCCAUCCCCUGGGAGCACCGCGCGCCGGCCGGCGAGCGGUGGGACCUGCACAGCGGGCGCCGGUUGCGCGAGGCGUGGCGGCGCAGCAGUCGGCGCAGCAGUCGCGCUAGCUGCAGCGGCUUCGGCUGCGGCUGCGGCAGCGGCAACGGCAACGGCCGAGUAUGGGCGGGCCAGGAAGGAGGAGGAGAGGAUGAGGAGGAGGAAGAAGUCGGGUGGGACACGCUGGAGGACGAGGUCGAGGCGCAGGGGCUCGGCUGGCUGAUCCCCGGUGUGCGGAUGGCGUGGGCUCUGGUGGGGCAUGACGAAGGGGUUGCUGCGCGGGGCCGGGUGCGCGAGGGGGUGAGGGAGAUGGUGGCGCAGGUCGAUGAGGUUAUGAGGGCUUACGCGGGGCCGUAUUGA